UCAUCUUCGCCUCUCCAUCCCCUUCACCGUCUCUCAGCUCUCUCCACCCAUCCACUCUCCACCAUGUUGUUGUACUCCGACGUUCUUACCGACGAUGAGAUGUUCUCUGAUGCCUUCCCCAUCAAGCUCGUCGACGACAUCGUCUAUGAGGUAGAUUGCCAGCUGACCACCGUCAAGGCCGGUGCCGAUAUCGAUAUCGGCGCCAACCCGUCCGCCGAGGAGCAGGAUGAAGCCCUCGAGGAGGGUGCCACCCAGGUCAACAACGUCGUCUACUCCUUCCGUCUCCAAUCCACCUCCUUCGACAAGAAGUCCUUCCUUACUUACCUCAAGGGCUACAUGAAGGCCGUCAAGACCAAGCUCGCCGAGACGAACCCCGACCGUGUGGAGGCCUUCGAGAAGGGCGCCCAGGCAUUCGCCAAAAAGCUCGUCGCUAACUUCAAGGACUACGAAUUCUACACCGGCGAGUCCAUGAACCCCGAUGGCAUGGUUGCCCUCCUCAACUACCGCGAGGACGGUGUCACCCCCUACUUCACCUUCUGGAAGGAUGGUCUCAAGGAGGUCAAGCUCUAAACUGCUCUUCCCUCCGCUUUUUAGUUGCCGUCCUCCCACCCUACUUUGUGUCACUACCUGUUGUUUUCCGGCCCCUGUUCUUCUUUUCUUUGUCUUUUUGUUUUGGUCUCUACGUGAGUGUAGCUGGGGAAGGUUGUCCGCAAAAGAAGGUGUACCUUGCUGUAUCGAAACCAUCGAAAUGGAUCAUGUUGUUUUCCGCUAGCAAAACAUUGAACACUUUCGCUCAGGUCCG